AUGUUCAUCCCAUCGUUGGACGGAGCGUUGUUCCAGUGGAAUAGAGACCGGGAGAGCAUGGAAGCUGUUCCCUUCAGUGUCGAGUCUCUCCUGGAGUCGUCCUAUCGUAUCGGGGAAGACACUGUCCUGGUGGGGGGCAAGAGUCUCACAAGCUACGGUCUGGGAGCCUACAGCGGCAAGGUGAGAGGUCAGAGGUUAGGUCCUGGUGGGGGGGGGGGGGGCAAGACCCUGAACACUAACAUUCUAGGAGUCUACAACGGCAAGGUGAGGGGUCAGAGGUUAGGUCCUGGUGUGGGGGGAAAGUCUCAUGACCUAUGACCUGGGGGCCUACAGCAAACUGUUGGGACGCAUAUAGACAGAAGUUGGCAGAUUGGCGGCACCAUGCUGGAUGUCUCUAGCUUAACAGACCUAUUUUGACAUUUAUUCAUUUAUUUAUUAUGCUAUUAAAAUAUUCAACUCUAGGUGUCCUACCCUUAAAACUGCUGAAAAACUAUUCUGUUAAAACGUUUGAAAAUUGCCUCAUCUGACUACUGUGCUGCCGUCUGGCAUCUGACUACUGUGCUGCCGUCUGGCAUCUGACUACUGUGCUGCCGUCUGGCAUCUGACUACUGUGCUGCCGUCUGGCAUCUGACUACUGUGUGCUGCCAUCUGGCAUCUGACUACUGUGCUGCCAUCUGGCAUCUGACUACUGUGCUGCCAUCUGGCAUCUGACUACUGUGUGCUGCCGUCUGGCAUCUGACUACUGUGCUGCCGUCUGGCAUCUGACUACUGUGCUGCCGUCUGGCAUCUGACUACUGUGCUGCCAUCUGGCAUCUGACUACUGUGCUGCCAUCUGGCAUCUGACUACUGUGCUGCCGUCUGGCAUCUGACUACUGUGCUGCCAUCUGGCAUCUGACUACUGUGCUGCCGUCUGGCAUCUGACUACUGUGCUGCCGUCUGGCAUCUGACUACUGUGCUGCCGUCUGGCAUCUGACUACUGUGUGCUGCCGUCUGGCAUCUGACUACUGUGCUGCCGUCUUGAUAACAUGUAUUCAAUGACAUCACUUGAAUGGUUCGUCUGACAGGCAGCCCAAAUUAUACUGAACUGUAAGUGAUGGUCCCAUGUUUCAUGAGCUGAAAUAAAAGAUCCCAGACAUUUUACGUACGCACAAAAAGCUUAUUUCUCUAAAGGUUUGUGCACAAAUUUGUUUACAUCCCUGUUAGUGAGCAUUUCUCCUUAGCCAAGAUAAUCCAUCCACCUGACAGGUGUGGCAUAUCAAGAAGCUGAUUAAACAGCAUGAUUAUUACACAGGUGCACCUUGUGCUGGGGACAAUAAAAGGCAACUCUAAAAUGUGCCGUUUUGUCACAACACAAUGCCAAAGAUGUCUCAAGUUUUGGGGGAGCGUGCAAUUGGCUUGCUGACUGCAGGAAUGUCCACCAGAGCUGUUGCCAGAUAAUUGAAUGUUAAUUUCUCUACCAUAAGCCGCCUCCAACGUCGUUUUAGAGAAUUUGGCAGUACGUCUAACCACGCCACCCCAGGACCUCCACAUACGGCUUCUUCACCUGCGGGAUUGUCUCCGAGGGGGGUGUUGAGGAGUAUUUAUGUCUGUAAUAAAGCCCUUUUUGUGGGGAAAAACUCAUUCUGAUUGGCUGGGCAUGGCUCCCCAGUGGGUGGGCCUAUGGCCUCCCAGGCCCACCCAUGGCUCCGCCCCUGCUGAUUGGCUCCGCCCCUGCCCAGUCAUGUGAAAUCCCUAGAUUAGGGCUUAAUGAAUGUAUUUCAAUUGACUGAUUUCCUUAUAUGAAAUGAAACUGAGUAAAAUCAUUGAAAUUGGUGCAUGUUGCAUUUUCUAUUUUUGUUCAGUGUACAAUGCAAGUGUCUUUUUAAAGGCUGCAUCCUGUAUUUUUGACUCAGAAAUUAUACUGUGCAAGGUGGGCUAUCAUAGCCAGCUAGUCCAAAAGCUCGGCUAUCAUUGAUGGAUAUUGUGCUAGCUAGUGACGUUAGCAGAACAGCUUGCUACAGUGCAGGAAUAUACUGUGGAAUAUGGAUUUCACUAUGGACAUUGGCAGCAUCAUUUGGUAGGUCUCACAACUAGCUGGGUUUUAACAGGACUGUUAGCAACACUACAUGUCUGUAACUAACUCUUUCAGAACAGACACCUAGCUAGUUAGCUACAUUUGAAUACUCCUUUUUCUAGCCCAUAUAGCAGGCUAGCCUCUCCUAUGUUUGGCACAUCUGAAGUCCCUCCCUGAAAACCGUUCCAUGCAUAGUGGACAUGAUCUGCCUGCAAAAGUCACUUUAUUAUUGUGGGCAUUACAAUGCAGUUAGCUAGCUUACUAACCUUGUUUGCUGUUAGCUAGCUUGCUCGUACAUUUUACAUUUUUACGUCAUUUAGCAGACGCUCUUAUCCAGAGCGACUUACAGUUAGUGAAUACAUAUAUAUAUACAUAUAUAUAUAUAUAUAUAUAUUUUUAUACUGGCCCCCCGUGGGAAUCGAACCCACAACCCUGGCGUUGCAAACGCCAUGCUCUAUCAACUGAGCUACAUCCCUGCCGGCCAUUCCCUCCCCUACCCUGGACGACGCUGGGCCAAUUGUGCGCCGCCCCAUGGGUCUCCCGGUCGCGGCCGGCUGCGACAGAGCCUGGAUUCGAACCAGGAUCUCUAGUGGCACAGUUAGCACUGCGAUGCAGCGCCUUAGACCACUGCGCCACUCAGGAGACUCGUACGAUCUGAUGUCAAAACUUCUGUAAUGAUCCCCACAGCUAGACCUGACUAGACCACUGAAUGAACACCAGUGGGUUUUUGACUGGACUAUACAGUCUUAUUUGAUGCUAUCUACCUGCUUUGUUGUUGUGUACGUCAUGCAUUUAGCUAGCUGACUAAUGUUGGGUGACAGUAACCCACAGCUGGAUGAGCAGAGUCUGGAUCAGGAAACAGGACGCUCUACUAUGACGUUGUUUCAAUAUCGCUGCGGCCACAUCUCUCUAAGCUUGUGCGAAUCGCUUGAAAAAAGUCAAAUAUUAUGUUCUAAAAGCAUUUUCAUAACAUCAACAAGGUUACCUAACAUCGACAUGUAAAACAAUGUUGUAGGUUGAUUUGAGCAUUUCAGUUCCACUUUAAACAGGAAAUCUGUGUCCUCUCUCUGGCCCUACUCUUUCUCUCCCUACAUACUUGUCUUACCUCAUCAUCUACUCCUCAUUUCUCCCAUGUCUCUUGUCCUUCCUCUAUGCUCUAUCUCCACUCGAGACUAUGCUUCGUCCGAUAGAUUAGGCAUCUAGCAUACAAGUACUCGAAAUCCUCUACUUGUAGGCUCUACUUGAUCAGUACUCAGAGCUCAUACUCUGCCCUCCUAGCAGACGUGUCAUAGCCGAGACUGGGUCGAAGCGCGCAAGAGCGAGCGCUGAGAGAGCACAGAGGAAGAAGAAGACGGGAAGAGAAGCGAGCGGAAGGAGAGAGAGUCAAGAAGGAGCACGUGACCGAUGGAGACGUGGUCGAGUUCAGGAGUGACUGCAGAGUACGAGAGUGCGUAAGAACGAAGAGAAAGGAGGAGCGGCAGGAGAGAGAUAGAGGACGCAAGAUGGAGGGAGAGAGGGUGGAAGAGGGGCGCAUGGGCGAGCUGCUAGAUGACUUACUCAGUCAGAAGCGCGAGAGAGAGAGUAGAGAGAGAGAGAGGAGAGAGAGAGAUCGUCUCUCUCUCUCUCUCUCUCUCUCUCUCCUCUCUCUCCCCUCCUUUUCUCAAUCUACCUUUCUCUCCUGUCUCCUCUUGUCCUCUCUCCCUCUCUCCCUCCCUUCUCUGUCCUAGCUGAGAUAUAUCUGCUCAGCAGUGGGCUGUAGCCGCUGGGGGGAGGAGGAGACAGAGUCUGAGGAUGUGUUGCUGCUGCAGAGAACCCAGAAGACCGUCAGGGCCGUCCGACCACGCUCCGGCUUGGAGAAGUGAGUCUCAACUAUCUCAAACCCCAUACACCUGACUAUCCUACCCGUACCAUCUUUAAAACAACAAGCCCAAUAUGUCCUGUUCUAUAUUCACCUUAUAUCACUAGUUGUUAUUUACGUAGUUAUUUACGUAAUUAGUGGUAUUCUAGCUAACAGUGUUCUGAUGUUCUCUCUCUCGAUGGAGCUGUAACAUUCUGGUUCUCUUUCUAGGUGGAACUUCAGCGUGGGGAACUUCGAGCUGAAGUUUGUUCCCGACAAACAGCUGACCAGCAACUUCCUGGAGGGAGAGAUGGCGAACGGCGAGGCCAUGUGGAAGGAGGAGCAGAGGAGCAGCGGGCAGAAAGUUAUCAUGGAGGAGGCCACAGACAACCACAGACACACGACAACAGACACGCACACUGACACAUCUGGGACACCUGACCUGGUCAUCAAGGUGUCCGUUCCUGACUGGAAGGUGAUAGCCUUCAGCACCCAGCCUGGAGGACAGAUGGUCUGGGAACAGCAGGUAAUUAUACAUCUAUAACACCUAUUAACAGUCCUGGGGGACAGCUGGUCUGGGACCAGCAGGUAAUUAUACAUCUAUAACACCUAUUAACAGUCCUGGGGGACAGAUGGUCUGGGACCAGCAGGUAAUUAUACAUCUAUAACACCUAUUAACAGUCCUGGAGGACAGCUGGUCUGGGACCAGCAGGUAAUUAUACAUCUAUAACACCUAUUAACAGUCCUGGAGGACAGCUGGUCUGGGACCAGCAGGUAAUUAUACAUCUAUAACACCUAUUAACAGUCCUGGAGGACAGCUGGUCUGGGACCAGCAGGUAAUUAUACAUCUAUAACACCUAUUAACAGUCCUGGAGGACAGCUGGUCUGGGACCAGCAGGUAAUUAUACAUCUAUAACACCUAUUAACAGUCCUGGAGGACAGCUGGUCUGGGACCAGCAGGUAAUUAUACAUCUAUAACACCUAUUAACAGUCCUGGAGGACAGCUGGUCUGGGACCAGCAGGUACGGAGACUGUGACGCUUAAUUAGCUCAGCUGGUAGAGCAUGGAGCUUGUAACGCCAGGGUAGUGGGUUCGAUCCCCGGGACCACCCAUACGUAAAAAUGUAUGCACACAUGACUGUAAGUCGCUUUGGAUAAAAGCGUCUGCUAAAUGGCAUAUUAUUAUUAUAUUAUUACUCUUUAAAGGCCCAGUGCGGUCAAAAAUGUGGUUUUCCAGUGUUUUAUAUACAUUUCCACAUGAAUGAUGAUAAUGCCCUUUUAGUGUAAGAGUUGUGUGAAAAGACCACCAGAAAUGUCAGCUUGUUUUGGUGGGAUGGAGUUUUGGCCUGCAUGGUGACAUCACCAGGCGGUAAAUGAGUUAAUAGGCCAAUAAGGAAGAGUUCCAAACCUCUCUGCCAAUAACAGCUCGUUUUCAGUUUCCCCCUCCCCACUCAGUACUAGCAAAAUUCUUGCUUGAGAAAUUGCUCUUUGCUAAGAAGCUAUUUUUGUUUAUUUUUGACCAUUUUAAUUUAAAACAAUCACAGUAAGUUACUUAAUUGUUACCCAGAAAUGAUUUGAUAUUGAAAUAAAAAAUGGCUGCAUUGGACCUAUAUCACUAGAACUGCCUGACCUUUCAGCCUAUCAGUACCCGCUAGAGAACGCUGCCGGGCGUCCCUUUCAGCCUAUCAGUACCCGCUAGAGAACGCUGCCGGGGCAUCCCUUUCAGCCUAUCAGUACCCGCUAGAGAACGCUGCCGGGGCAUCCCUUUCAGCCUAUCAGUACCCGCUAGAGAACGCUGCCGGGCAUCCCUUUCAGCCUAUCAGUACCCGCUAGAGAACGCUGCCGGGGCGUCCCUUUCAGCCUAUCAGUACCCGCUAGAGAACGCUGCCGGGCGUCCCUUUCAGCCUAUCAGUACCCGCUAGAGAACGCUGCCGGGCGUCCCUUUCAGCCUAUCAGUACCCGCUAGAGAACGCUGCCGGGCGUCCCUUUCAAGCCUAUCAGUACCCGCUAGAGAACGCUGCCGGGCGUCCCUUUCAGCCUAUCAGUACCCGCUAGAGAACGCUGCCGGGCGUCCCUUUCAGCCUAUCAGUACCCGCUAGAGAACGCUGCCGGGGCGUCCCUUUCAGCCUAUCAGUACCCGCUAGAGAACGCUGCCGGGGCGUCCUUCCUUCCUAGGCCCUUUCAGCCUAUCAGUACCCGCUAGAGAACGCUGCCGGGCGUCCCUUUCAGCCUAUCAGUACCCGCUAGAGAACGCUGCCGGGGUCCCUUUCAGCCUAUCAGUACCCAGCUAGAGAACGCUGCCGGGGCGUCCCUUUCAGCCUAUCAGUACCCGCUAGAGAACGCUGCCGGGGCGUCCCUUUCAGCCUAUCAGUACCCGCUAGAGAACGCUGCUGGGGCGUCCCUUUCAGCCUAUCAGUACCCGCUAGAGAACGCUGCCGGGGCGUCCCUUUCAGCCUAUCAGUACCGCUAGAGAACGCUGCCGGGGCAUCCCUUUCAGCCAUCAGUACCCGCUAGAGAACGCUGCCGGGGCAUCCCUUUCAGCCUAUCAGUACCCGCUAGAGAACGCUGCCGGGCGUCCCUUUCAGCCUAUCAGUACCGCUAGAGAACGCUUGCCGGGGCGUCCCUUUCACCUAUCAGUACCCGCUAGAGAACGCUGCCGGGCGUCCCUUUCAGCCUAUCAGUACCCGCUAGAGAACGCUGCCGGGGCGUCCCUUUCAGCCUAUCAGUACCCGCUAGAGAACGCUGCCGGGGCAUCCCUUUCAGCCUAUCAGUACCCGCUAGAGAACGCUGCCGGGCGUCCCUUUCAGCCUAUCAGUACCCGCUAGAGAACGCUGCCGGGCGUCCCUUUCAGCCUAUCAGUACCCGCUAGAGAACGCUGCCGGGGCGUCCCUUUCAGCCUAUCAGUACCCGCUAGAGAACGCUGCCGGGGCGUCCCUUUCAGCCUAUCAGUACCCGCUAGAGAACGCUGCCGGGCAUCCCUUUCAGCCUAUCAGUACCCGCUAGAGAACGCUGCCGGGCAUCCCUUUCAGCCUAUCAGUACCCGCUAGAGAACGCUGCCGGGGCGUCCCUUUCAGCCUAUCAGUACCCGCUAGAGAACGCUGCCGGGCAUCCCUUUCAGCCUAUCAGUACCCGCUAGAGAACGCUGCCGGGGCGUCCCUUUCAGCCUAUCAGUACCCGCUAGAGAACGCUGCUGGGCGUCCCUUUCAGCCUAUCAGUACCCGCUAGAGAACGCUGCCGAGCGUUACAUCGACCUCUUCAUCAUUCCGUUAGGCCUAAUUUACAGGAAAUUCGAAUGUGAAGUAACUUGCACAAUUAUCGCCCGUUCAUCCAUGUGUCGUUCACUCAGUGGUCAGGCAUCGUUUGCUUCGCUGGAUAGAGUUAAGGAUGUUUUGCAUUAUUCUAAAGGCCACUGCAGCAUGUAGCAUGUUUUCGUUUGCCUCUACGAUACCUUUGAUUAGUAAUAGAGUUAUAGCAAUUGUAAGAAGAUUCAGGGAGGACAUGGCACAUUCUAAAAUAUAUUUACAUAAUCAAACGUCAGUGGCUGUUGGCCUAUGGCGGUUCUAGUGUUAGAGUUAACCUGACCUAUACUUUUCCAACCUAGCCUGAUCCCAGAUCUGUUUGUUCUGUCUUGAGAACUCCUAUGGUCAUUGUCAAGACAGCACAAACAGAUCUCUGACCAGAUCUCCAACCUCUCUAUUCAGUGUUCAGCCUAGUAUUGACACAUGUUUCCCCUGUAGUUCUGCACGCCCAUCGCCUCUGCCUGGUUGGUUGGCGGGGGGAAGGUGACGGCCAUCAGCCUGUUUGAUGACACGCCCUACAGCAGUCGUGCUGACGCGGAGGAGCAGGAAGAGGAGGAUGAGGACAUUAUGGAGGCUGCUCGGGAAGCUACGGAGUCCAGCGUAUACCUGGGUAGGUAAACCCUGACCUCUGACCUCUAAACCCUGACUCUAACGCACGGACACCAUAGCCUACACAUUCACAAUGGAGGAGGUGGAGCUACGGAGUCCUGCAUAUACCUGGGUAACCAAACAUAUGAUAGUUAACAGACACCAGACACUGUACUGUCAGUCACUAUGGGGGCGCUGUUUCAUUGAUCUGUACCUAGACAGCUUGCUAUCUGCUGGCAGACUCACCAGACGGUCCUCAGGGGAUUGACUUUCUCACACAGCUGGAAUGUGUGUAUUGAUGUGUCUGACUGUGUUAGUGUCAGUGCUAACCCUCUCCCCAGGUCCUGGUUGGUUGUCAGUGCAACCUCUCCCCCAGGUCCUGUGGUUGUUAGUGCAGGCUAACCCUUCCCCAGUCUCCCCAUGGUCCCCUCCAGUCCUUUCCCAGACCCUCUCCCCAGGCCCUUCCGUCAGUCCCAUUCCCAGGUCCUGUGGUUGUUGGUAUGCUAACAGCUCUCUCCAGGUCCUGCUCCCAGGUCCCUCCCAGCGUCCUCUCCCAGGAUCCCUCUCUCCACAGGUCCCUUGCCCAGGUCCUGUUGUUGUGUUGUGUAGUGCUAACCCUCUCCCCAGGUCCUGUGGUUGUUAGUGUCAGUGCUAACCCUCUCCCCAGGUCCUGUGGUUGGUUGUCAGUGCUAACCCUCUCCCCAGGUCCUGUGGUUGUUAGUGUCAGUGCUAACCCUCUCCCCAGGUCCUGUGGUGGUCUGUAGUGCUACCCUCUCCCCAGGUCCUGUGGUUGGUUGGUAGUGCUAACCCUCUCCCCAGGUCCUGUGGUUGGUUGGUAGUGCUAACCCUCUCCCCAGGUCCUGUGGUUCGUUGUCAGUGCUACCCUCUCCCCAGUCUUUGGGGUAGCUGCUACCACCCUCUCCCCAGGUCCUGUGGUUGGUUGGUAGUGCUAACCCUCUCCCAGGUCCUGUGGUUGGUUGGUAGUGCUAACCCUCUCCCCAGGUCCUGUGGUUGGUUGGUAGUGCUAACCCUCUCCCAGGUCCUGUGGUUGGUUGGUAGUGCUAACCCUCUCCCCAGGUCCUGUGGUUGGUUGGUAGUGCUAACCCUCUCCCCAGGUCCUGUGGUUGGUUGGUAGUGCUAACCCUCUCCCCAGGUCCUGUGGUUGGUUGUCAGUGCUAACCCUCUCCCCAGGUCCUGUGGUUGGUUGGUAGUGCUAACCCUCUCCCCAGGUCCUGUGGUGUUGGUUGGAGUGCUAACCCUCUCCCCAGGUCCUGUGGUUGGUUGGUAGUGCUAACCCUCUCCCCCAGGUACCUGUGGUUGGUUUGGUAGUUCUAAACCUCUCUCCCCAGGUCCUGUGGUUGGGUUGGUAGUGCUAACACCCUCUCCCAGGUCCUGUGGUUGUUUGGUAGUGCUAACCCUCUCCCCAGGUCCCUGUUUGGUUGGUGUCACUUGCUAACCCUCUCUUCCCCCAGGUCCUGGUGGUUGGUGGUAUGGCUAAACCCUCUCCCCGGUCCGGUGGUUGGUUGGGUAGUGCUAACCCUCUCCCAGGUCCUGUGGUUGGUUGGUAGUGCUAACCCUCUCCCCAGGUCCUGUGGUUGGAUUGGUAGUGCUAACCCUCUCCCCAGGUCCUGUGGUUGUUGGUAGUGCUAACCCUCUCCCCAGGUCUGUGGUUGUUGGUAGUGCUAACCCUCUCCCCACCAGGUCUGUGUUGUUUGUGAUGCCUAACCCUCUCCCCAGGUCCUGUGGUUGGUUGUCAGUGCUAACCCUCUCCCCAGGUCCUGUGUUGUUGUCAGUGCUAACCUCAUCCCCAGGUCCUGUGGUUGGUUGUCAGUGCUAAACCCUCUCCCCAGGUCCUGUGGUUGGGUUGUUAGUGUCAGUGCUAACCCUCUCCCCAGGUCCUGUGGUUGUUAGUGUCAGUGCUAACCCUCUCCCCAGGUCCUGUGGUUGUUAGUGUCAGUGCUAACCCUCUCCCCCAGGUCCUGUGGUUGGUUGUAGUGCUAACCCUCUCCCCAGGUCCUGUGGUUGGUUGGUAGUGCUAACCCUCUCCCCAGGUCCUGUGGUUGGUUGGUAGUGCUAACCCUCUCCCCAGGUCCUGUGGUUGUUAGUGUCAGUGCUAACCCUCUCCCCCAGGUCCUGUGGUUGGUUGGUAGUGCUAACCCUCUCCCCAGGUCCUGUGGUUGGUUGGUAGUGCUAACCCUCUCCCCAGGUCCUGUGGUUGGUUGGUAGUGCUAACCCUCUCCCCAGGUCCUGUGGUUGUUAGUGUCAGUGCUAACCCUCUCCCCCAGGUCCUGUGGUUGGUUGGUAGUGCUAACCCUCUCCCCAGGUCCUGUGGUUGUUAGUGUCAGUGCUAACCCUCUCCCCAGGUCCUGUGGUUGGUUGGUAGUGCUAACCCUCUCCCCAGGUCCUGUGGUUGGUUGUCAGUGCUAACCCUCUCCCCCCAGGUCCUGUGGUUGGUUGUCAGUGCUAACCCUCUCCCCAGGUCCUGUGGUUGGUUGUUAGUGCUAACCCUCUCCCCAGGUCCUGUGGUUGUUAGUGUCAGUGCUAACCCUCUCCCCAGGUCCUGUGGUUGGUUGUCAGUGCUAACCCUCUCCCCAGGUCCUGUGGUUGGUUGUUAGUGCUAACCCUCUCCCCCAGGUCCUGUGGUUGGUUGUUAGUGCUAACCCUCUCCCCAGGUCCUGUGGUUGUUAGUGUCAGUGCUAACCCUCUCCCCAGGUCCUGUGGUUGGUUGGUAGUGCUAACCCUCCCCCCAGGUCCUGUGGUUGGUUGUCAGUGCUAACCCUCUCCCCAGGUCCUGUGGUUGUUAGUGUCAGUGCUAACCCUCUCCCCAGGUCCUGUGGUUGGUUGGUAGUGCUAACCCUCUCCCCCAGGUCCUGUGGUUGGUUGGUAGUGCUAACCCUCUCCCCAGGUCCUGUGGUUGGUUGGUAGUGCUAACCCUCUCCCCCAGGUCCUGUGGUUGGUUGUCAGUGCUAACCCUCUCCCCAGGUCCUGUGGUUGGUUGUUAGUGUCAGUGCUAACCCUCUCCCCAGGUCCUGUGGUUGGUUGUCAGUGCUAACCCUCUCCCCAGGUCCUGUGGUUGUUAGUGUCAGUGCUAACCCUCUCCCCAGGUCCUGUGGUUGGUUGGUAGUGCUAACCCUCUCCCCAGGUCCUGUGGUUGGUUGGUAGUGCUAACCCUCUCCCCAGGUCCUGUGGUUGGUUGGUAGUGCUAACCCUCUCCCCCAGGUCCUGUGGUUGGUUGUCAGUGCUAACCCUCUCCCCAGGUCCUGUGGUUGGUUGUCAGUGCUAACCCUCUCCCCAGGUCCUGUGGUUGGUUGUUAGUGCUAACCCUCUCCCCCAGGUCCUGUGGUUGGUUGUUAGUGCUAACCCUCUCCCCAGGUCCUGUGGUUGUAGUGUCAGUGCUACCCUCUCCCCCAGGUCCUGUGGUUGGUUGGUCAGUGCUAACCUCUCCCCAGGUCCUGUGGUUGGUUGUAGUGCUAACCCUCUCCCCAGGUCCUGUGGUUGUUAGUGUCAGUGCUAACCCUCUCCCCAGGUCCUGUGGUUGGUUGUCAGUGCUAACCCUCUCCCCAGGUCCUGUGGUUGGUUGGUAGUGCUAACCCUCUCCCCAGGUCCUGUGGUUGGUUGGUAGUGCUAACCCUCUCCCCCAGGUCCUGUGGUUGUUGUUGUCAGUGCUAACCCUCUCCCCAGGUCCUGUGGUUGGUUGUAGUGCUAACCCUCUCCCCAGGUCCUGUGGUGUGUUAGUGUCAGUGCUAACCCUCUCCCCAGGUCCUGUGGUUGGUUGGUAGUGUACCUCUCCCCAGUCUGGUUGUGUAGUGCUAACCCUCUCCCCAGGUCCUGUGGUUGUGUUGGUGUAGUGCUAACCCUCUCCCCAGGCCUGUGUUGGUUGGUAGUGCUAACCCUCUCCCCGGUCCUGUGGUUGGUUGGUAGUGCUAACCCUCUCCCCAGGUCCUGUGGUGGUUGGUAGUGCUAACCCUCUCCCAAGGUCCUGUGGUUGGUUGGUAGUGCUAACCCUGGGCUAACACCGCCCCAGGUCCUGUGGGUUGUUAGUGUCAGUGCUAAACCCUCUCCCCAGGUCCUGUGGUUGGUUGUCAGUGCUAACCCUCUCCCCAGGUCCUGUGGUUGGUUGUUAGUGUCAGUGCUAACCCUCUCCCCAGGUCCUGUGGUUGGUUGUUAGUGUCAGUGCUAACCCUCUCCCCAGGUCCUGUGGUUGGUUGUUAGUGUCAGUGCUAAGCCUCUCCCCAGGUCCUGUGGUUGGUUGUUAGUGUCAGUGCUAAGCCUCUCCCCAGGUCCUGUGGUUGGUUGUUAGUGUCAGUGCUAACCCUCUCCCCAGGUCCUGUGGUUGGUUGUUAGUGCUAACCCUCUCCCCAGGUCCUGUGGUUGUUAGUGUCAGUGCUAACCCUCUCCCCAGGUCCUGUGGUUGGUUGUUAGUGCUAACCCUCUCCCCAGGUCCUGUGGUUGGUUGUCAGUGCUAACCCUCUCCCCAGGUCCUGUGGUUGGUUGUCAGUGCUAACCCUCUCCCCAGGUCCUGUGGUUGGUUGUCAGUGCUAACCCUCUCCCCAGGUCCUGUGGUUGGUUGGUAGUGCUAACCCUCUCCCCAGGUCCUGUGGUUGUUAGUGUCAGUGCUAACCCUCUCCCCCAGGUCCUGUGGUUGGUUGUUAGUGUCAGUGCCUACCCUCUCCCCUCCCAGAUAUGUACCAGGGUCAGCUGUACCUGCAGUAGGGUGUGUGUUAUCCGUAAUAACUCUCUCCCUUUCGUGUGUUUUCCAGGUAUGUAUCAGGGUCAGCUGUACCUGCAGUCAUCCGUCAAGAUCUCAGAAAAGUUCCCAUCUAAAGGCCUAAACGGGCCUGGCCCAGACCCGGACACCAUCCCUACUAUCAGAUGGAAACCCCUCAUACGUACGUACUUCUAUGAGUAUAUUGGCACCAGAACUUUAAUGACUGAGAUAUCCACACUCCAUCCAUGUUCCCUUAAAUAGAUUAAUAGGUCAUCUACCUGGAGUGAUAUCCAGCGUGCUAUCUGGAGCGAUAUCCAGCGUGCUACCAGGAGCGAUAUCCAGCGUGCUACCAGGAGCGAUAUCCAGCGUGCUAUCUGGCGCGGUAACAAGCGUGCUAUCUGGCGCGGUAACAAGCGUGCUAUCUGUAAUUAGUUUUAAUGCAGUAUCUCUUUAAUGCAGAUUCUCCAUCUCGGACGCCUGUGCUGGUUGGUUCUGAUGAGUUUGACAAGUGUCUGAACAACGACAAGUUCUCUCAUGAAGAAUACAGCAACGGAGCUCUGUCUGUCCUGCAGUACCCGUAUGGUAAGAACCUACUGUUAUAACCUGUUAUAACCUGUUAUAACCUCAUAUUAUACUGUCUGUCCUGCAGUACCCAUAUGGUAAGAACCUACUGUUAUAACCUGUUAUAACCUCAUAUUAUACUGUCUGUCCUGCAGUACCCAUAUGGUAAGAACCUACUGUUAUAACCUGUUAUAACCUGUUAUAACCUCAUAUUAUACUGUCUGUCCUGCAUUACCCAUAUGGUAAGAACCUACUGCUGCUAAGCUUCCCAGUAAAGCAAUAAAAACAAGUAAGCAUCCCAAAAGAAAAGUGCUCAAAAUAGCCCACGUUAACAUAUGUAGCUUAAGAAACAAGGUUCAUGAAAUCAAUAAUUUGCCAGUAACAGAUGACAUUCAUAUUCUGACUAUCUCUGAAACUCACUUAGACAAUACCUUUUGAUGAUACAGUGGUAGCAAUACAAGGUUAUAAGAUCUACAGAAAAUAUAGAAAUGCCAAUGGUGGAGGUGUUGCUGUUUAUAUUCAGAACCACAUUCCUGUGAAGAUUAGAGAGGAUCUCAUGUUAAAUACUGUUGAAGUAAUAUGGCUACAGGUUCAUCUGCCUCACCUAAAGCCCAUUCUGGUGGGAAGCUGCUAUAGACCACCAAGUGCUAACAGUCAGUAUCUGGAUAACAUGUGAAAUGCUUGAUAAUGUAUGUGAUAUCAACAGAGAGGGUUAUUUUCUGGGUGAUUUUAAAUAUUGACUGGCUUUCAUCAAGCUGCCCACUCAAGAGAAAGCUUCAAACUGUAACUAGUGCCUGGAACCUGGUUCAGGUUAUCAGUCAACAUACCAGGGUAGUUACAAACAGUACAGGAAUUAAAUCAUCAACAUGUAUUGAUCAUAUCUUUACUAAUGCUGCAGAGAUUUGUUUGAAAGCAGUAUCCAAAUCCAUCGGAUAUAGUGAUCACAAUAUAGUAGCCAUAUCUAGGAAAACCAUAGUUCCAAAGGCUGGGCCUAAUAUUGUGUAUAAGAGGUCUUACAAUAAGUUUUGUAGUGAUUCCUAUGUUGUUGAUGUAAAGAAUAUUUGUUGGUCCGUGGUGUGUAAUGAGGAGCAAACAGACACUUGACACAUUUAUGAAAUUGCUUAUUCCAGUUACUAAUAAGCAUUCAACCAAUAAGAAAAUGACUGUAAAAACUGUUAAAUCCACGUGGAUUGUUGAGGAAUUUAAAAAUUGUGUGGUUGAGAGGGAUGAGGCAAAAGGAAUGGCAAAUAAGUCUGGCUGUACAUUUAUUUGUAUUUUUCUGUCUGGCUGUACAACUGAUUUGGCAAACAUAUUGCAAAUUGAGAAACCAUGUGACUAAACUGAAUAAAAAGAAACAAGGAUAAAUGACAUAAAGAAUGAUAGUAAAAAGCUUUGGAGCACCUUAAAUGAAAUUUUGGGAAAAAAGGCAAACUCAGCUCCAUCAUUCAUUGAAUCAGAUGGCUUCAUUCAUCACAAAACCAACUGAUAUUUCCAACAACUUUAAUAAUUUUUCCAUUGGCAAGAUUAGCAAACUUCGGCAUGACAUGCCAGCAACAAUUUCUGACACUACACAUCCAAGUAUAUCUGACCAAAUUAUGAAAGACAAGAAUUGUAAUUUUGAAUUCCGUAAAGUGAGUGUGGAAGAGGUGAACAAAUUAUUGUUGUCUAUUAACAAUGACAAGCCACCGGGGUCUGACAACUUGGAUGGAAAAUUGCUAAGGAUAAUAGCGGACGAUAUUGCCACUCCUAUUUGCCAUAUCUUAAAUUUAAGCCUACUAGAAAGUGUGUGCCCUCAGGCCUGGAGGGAAGCAAAAGUCAUUCUGCUACCUAAGAAUAGUAAAGCCCCCUUAACUGGCUCAAAUAGCCGACCAAUCAGCCUGUUACUAACCCUUAGUAAACGAUUAGGAAAAAUUGUGUUUGACCAGAUACAAUGCUAUUUUACUGUAAACAAAUUGACAACAAACUUUCAGCAUGCUUAUAGAAAAGGACAUUCAACAAGCACAGUACUUACACAAAUGACUGAUGAUUGGCUGAGAGAAAUUGAUGAUAAAAAGAUUGUGGGGGCUGUUUUGUUAGACUUCAGUGCGGCUUUUGACAUUAUCGAUCAUAGUCUGCUGCUGGAAAAACAUAUGUGUUUUGGCUUUACACCCCCUGCUAUAUUGUGGAUAAAGAGUUACCUGUCUAACAGAACACAGAGGGUGUUCUUUAAUGGAAGCCUCUCCAACAUAAUCCAGGUAGAAUCAGGAAUUCCCCAGGGCAGCUGUCUAGGCCCAUUUCUUUUUUCCAUCUUUACUAACGACAUGCCACUGGCUUUGAGAAAAGCCAGUGUGUCUAUGUAUGUGGAUGACUCAACACUAUACACGUCAGCUAAUACAGCAACUGAAAUGACUGCAACACUUAACAAAGAGUUGCAGUUAGUUUCGGAAUGGGUGGCAAGGAAUAAGUUAGUCCUGAAUUUUUCCAAAACUAAAAGCAUUGUAUUUGGGUCACCUAAACCUCAACGACAUCUCGUAAUGAAUAAUGUGGAAAUUGAGCAAGUUGAGGUGACUAAACUGCUUGGAGUAACCCUGGAUUGUAAACUGUCAUGGUCAAAACAUAUUGAUACAACAGUAGCUAAGAUGGGGAGAAGUCUGUCCAUAAUAAAGCGCUGCUCUGCCUUCUUAACAACACUAUCAACAAGGCAGGUCCUACAGGCCCUAGUUUUGUCGCACCUGGACUACUGUUCAGUAGUGUGGUCAGGCAGGAACUAAUGGGGAUCCAUAAUAAACCCCAGGAAGAGUAGCUGCUGCCUUGGCAGGAACUAAUAGGGAUCCAUAAUAAACCCCAGGAAGGGUAGCUGCUGCCUUGGCAGGAACUAACAGGGAUCCAUAAUAAACCCCAGGAAGAGUAGCUGCUGCCUUGGCAGGAACUAAUAGGGAUCCAUAAUAAACCCCAGGAAGAGUAGCUGCUGCCUUGGCAGGAACUAAUGGGGAUCCAUAAUAAACCCCAGGAAGAGUAGCUGCUGCCUUGGCAGGAACUAAUGGCGAUCCAUAAUAAACCCCAGGAAGAGUAGCUGCUGCCUUGGCAGGAACUAAUGGGGAUCCAUAAUAAACCCCAGGAAGAGUAGCUGCUGCCUUGGCAGGAACUAAUGGGGAUCCAUAAUAAACCCCAGGAAGAGUAGCUGCUGCCUUGGCAGGAACUAAUGGGGAUCCAUAAUAAACCCCAGGAAGAGUAGCUGCUGCCUUGGCAGGAACUAAUGGGGAUCCAUAAUAAACCCCAGGAAGAGUAGCUGCUGCCUUGGCAGGAACUAAUGGGGAUCCAUAAUAAACCCCAGGAAGAGUAGCUGCUGCCUUGGCAGGAACUAAUGGGGAUCCAUAAUAAACCCCAGGAAGAGUGCCGCUGCCUUGGCAGGAACUAAUGGCGAUCCAUAAUAAACCCCAGGAAGAGUAGCUGCUGCCUUGGCAGGAACUAAUGGGGAUCCAUAAUAAAUACAAAUACAAAAAUACAAAUAACCUUUUAUAACCUCCUAUUAUACUGUCUUUGUUUAACCAGUAUAAAAUCAUAACCACCUCUUGUUGUUUUACCAUGGUGUUAAAAAUGACAUGGAAAUUCAUUGUUGUUUUGUUGGUUAUAAUAGUACAAGUUGUUGAUUGAUUGACGGGUUCCUCUCUCCGUUCCCCAGACAACGGGUACUACUUCCCAUACAGUAAGCGUUACCGUGGGCGACGUGGCGUGGCGGAGGUGUCUCUGCUGAAGGGUGGUGGUGCGGCGGAGAAGAAGAGGAGGAAGGAUCCGGUGCUGUUACUGCCCUGGUGGAAAGAGAUUCUAGGGACCAUGGUCUUCUGUAUCGCUGCUACCACCUACAUAGUCAGGAAGUUUUUCCACCCCCCCGCCCCUGUGGCAUAUAUACGGGUGAGACCACAUAGCCAACCACACAUCAUCUUCACAUGUCAGCCACAUACAGUAGAUUUAGUUUGUAUUCUUGAUUAGUGGACACUGUAGCAAAAUGUUUUGCAAUGGACAAUUUCAAGUAGGUCCUCCCUCUUUCAGUUUGUCUUCUUCUGUUUGGUAUCUACGACCCAGUACAUAGAGGGGAUGUGGAAUUGUGUUUAGAAGUAUAUUUUGUUUACUGAAUUUGUUUCUGGAUCAAUGUUCAUUAAUAAUCCUGUCUCUAUCCUGAUCUCCGUAGCAACGCAAGGAGUCGGAGACUCAGUGUCAGACCGACAGCAAGUAUGACCUUGAGGUGGCCGAACCCAAAGAGAUAGUUGUCAUGGAGACCCGCUCAAGUGAAUAUGUGUCCAGGUAUUGUACGGCGUUAAUAUUAAAACAGACCUGA